CCCCGAAACUCUCCGCCAAAAAUAAAAAUAAAUUCCUUUCAUCCAAAUUCCAUAUCCGUUCCAAUUACCAAAUUGCCCCUUUUGACUACACUAAUUACCCAUUAAUCACCGUUCUUAUCUCCAUUGAGAAGGAUCUUUCCAUCUCAUUCCAGAUUUAGGAGCCGUAAGCGAUCCCGGCUAACUCCGAUUCUAGGGUCAUUUUCUUCCUUUGGUUUGGGGAGAUGGAUAUAACGGAGGUGUCGGUGCUGCAUCACAUCGGCAUUGUGCUGGCUCUGCUUUGGAUAUUAUCUUCUUUCGAUCUCAUUCAUCCUAUCGUCUACUUCAUAUCCUUCAUCUAUCUCUAUCUGGUUAAUGAGCGUUAUACUCUCAGGCUGCGGAUGAGAUUGCAGUUUGAGGAACGGAAACAAGCUAAUCAGAGACGGCUUCUUUCUGACUCAGAGACAGUACGGUGGUUGAAUCAUGCAGUCGAGAAGGUUUGGCCUAUCUGCAUGGAGCAGAUCGCAUCACAGAAAAUUCUCCUGCCCAUCAUACCUUGGUUCUUGGAUAAGUACAAACCAUGGACUGCUAGAAAAGCAGUUGUACAGCACAUGUACUUGGGAAGGAACCCGCCAGUGUUUACAGAGAUCAGGGUUAUUGGUCAAUCAGUUGAUGAUGACCACUUGGUAAUGGAGUUGGGAAUGAGUUUCCUCUCUGCGGAUGAUAUGAGCGCAACUCUUGCUGUGAAACUAAGGAAAAGAUUAGGAUUUGGGAUGUGGGCAAAGAUGCACAUAACUGGCAUGCAUGUUGAGGGAAAGGUAUUGGUGGGUGUAAAGUUUCUUCGUCAGUGGCCUUUCCUUGGGCGCUUGCGGGUGUGCUUUGUUGAGCCACCAUACUUUCAAAUGACAGUAAAACCUAUAUUCAACCAUGGAGUCGAUGUUACAGAACUUCCAGGGAUUGCUGGAUGGCUGGAUAAGAUUCUUGCUGUUGCAUUUGAACAAACACUGGUUGAGCCGAACAUGCUGGUUGUUGAUGUGGAAAAAUUCGCUUCUUCAACAACAGAGACUUGGUUCUCCAUGGAUGAGAAGCGCCCUAUUGCCUUUGUCAAAGUGGAAAUCAUGGAAGGAUCAGACAUGACACCAUCUGACUUAAAUGGGUUUGCUGAUCCAUACGUGAAAGGCCAACUGGGCCCGUACAGGUUCCGGACAAAGACUCAAAAGAAAACAUUGUCUCCAAAGUGGCAAGAGGAAUUCAAGAUACCAAUCUGUACAUGGGAGUCACCCAAUGUGCUGCUUCUUGAAGUUCAUGAUAAAGACCACUUUGUUGAUGAUACCCUCGGAGACUGUUCGAUAAAUGUCAGCGAUUUUAAAGGCGGGCAGAGGCAUGACAAGUGGUUGCCUCUACAAAACAUCAAGACUGGAAGGCUGCAUCUAGCAAUAACUGUGGUUGACAUUGAUGAAAAGGAGGGAGAGCAUCUCAACGACAAGGAAGUACCAAACAUGAAUGAGAAGAGAAACCCAACGGAAACUGAAGCUACACAACAAGAACCACCCAAUCACAAUCCAUCUUCAGUGCAGGCUCCUGAAAUGCUAGAUGAUUUCGAACCCAUCAACAUAGAAGGACAGCAACGGACCGGGAUAUGGGUCCACCACCCUGGAAGUGAAGUUUCCCAAAGUUGGGAGCCCAGGAAAAGGAGCGGUGGCAGGCAUCCUGAGAUCCAAAUCCAUAGAGAGGACAUUGAUUCCCUGUGCAGCCCUGGAUCAGCAGCGACUGGGUCCCACCACAAUUGUGGAAGCAGCAGCAGCAGCAGCAGUGAUGAUGAGAAUCCUGAGGGAAAUAGAAUACAUCCUAUUAGCACAAUCCGGAAGGGUCUACGGAAGCUUGGUUUGGUGUUUCACAGAAGUCCCAAAAGUCCCAAAAGUCCCAAAAACAUGAGUCCACAUAACAAAGAAGAGGUGAGUCCCACAGAAAGGGUUAACGUCCAGGCAGUUGGUGAGAAGGGAACAAGUGUGAAGUUUGUCUUCGACGACAACAACCAAAAUGCUGACAAGGAGAGUCUAAGCCCUGAGAGGAGCGAGGCCGAUGGCGCGGGAAAGAGGGGCAUGGCCAAGAACAUUCUAAAGCAGGCUCACAACCUAAAGCAAGCACUGAGCAGGAAGGAUUCAAAAAAGACAAAGACGGUGGUUCCUGGGUCCACCACGACAGAGAGAGAAGCUUUUCAGGAAUCCGACUCAAUAGACGAGGAAUCGCCGUCCUCAUCCAAGGAAUUCUCUCCGAGAGUUGAAUCAAUUCCAAUAAGUCCAGCAUUGCCGCUUGGCAGCAGUAAGGAGUCCACGAAUGCUAAAGAAGAGAAUGUUGAUGGACUGGUUUCCUUACCUUCUCCAAGAGACGUCAGGGAACCUCUAGUUCGGAAGGUAUCUUUUCGAGUUGCAGACAGGACGGACGGCAACAAUGAGGAAUCUAACGUGGCUAUCAAAGGUGCAGCCAAGACGGAUGGUGGCAAGGAUAGCCAGUGGGAAUCCAUGGAAAGGGAUGUGUCUGUCAGUGAUGCAGGUAGGAUGAAUGAUGACAGCAACAUGCAUGGCCAAGGAGAAGUCAAGGCAUCUACUGGCCACAAGGCCAACGUCAGCAAUUUGGAAGAAGCCAAGUGAUAUGAGUUUACAGUUUACACCAUUUGCCCGUUGCGAGUUCCAACUACGUAUGUGUGUGUACGUGUUGAAUAUUGAUUUGAAUUUGGACAAUCUGAUGAGCAAAUUUGCAGAAGCAAGAAAUAGAAUCUAUUACAUUUACUCAGUAUUGAUUUUCCAUUGUUUUGUUAAUGUAUAUUUAGCCAGAGAAAGAGGAACUUAUGCGAGAGAAUGUGAAUAUUGUAACAUGCAUGGUGUGUUCUUUCUGUCCUAGUGAAAUUUUGCGAUGAUCA